GUCUUUCCUCCAUUCUCGUGCUCCCUCCCCGUCCAUCACUGUAUUUUCCCCGAGUCGCUCCUCCAUUUCGUUCUCGCACAAUUCGCUGCGGACGAGCGGUUACGCGUCUGGGGUUAGGAAGGGGAGGAGCAGGAGCGGGAGGAAGGAGUUUGGAGCUGGAUUGGGAAGGCUUUUUGAUUAUGUGGGGCGGUUUUUACUUGGAGAAUUAGAGUAAUUUUGAGCGGAGUUUUUAUCUGUAAAGGUUGGAAACCCUAGAGAGGUCAGGGAAGGAAUCAAACGAGAGUGGGUGAAGAAAUUAGUGGAUAUUUUUGUGGAAUUUGUGGGAAUUUAUUUUUAAGCAAUCUUUGGACAUUCUCUGUGACGAUUUUAUGCAUCUAGUGGUUGGGUUUUGAGAGCGUUAGUCGAAAUCGUGAGGGUUUGAAAAGGGGUUGAAUCGAAGGAGAGGUUGGGGUGGUGAGGGGGAUGGCGGACUCAUGGACGAAAGAGUUUCAAGAGGCCGUUCGGCUGACGGAGGACAUAGAAGGGCGGAUUGCGGAAAAGAAUGCUUUGCCCCCUCACUCGAGCGAGAGCAUUCGAAUUGUUUCUGUUACUCGAAGGAAACUGGCGAUGCUUAACAACAAGCUGGAUCGCCUCGAAUCUCUUCUUCAGAAUGGCUCUUUGAAGUCCAGCUUGUCUGAAAAGGAGUUGUAUCGUCGGCAAAAUAUGCUUGUCGAUAUCCGCUACAAAUCCAAACAAAUGUCUGCAUCACUUUCCUCUGCACAGGAUAACAGGGCAAGUUUGAUGGAAGGUGGUAUUGCCCCAGUGGAGACCGGCCGAACACAGGGUUUGGAUAACAGCGGACUUGUAAAGUUACAAAGACAAAUAAUGAAAGAGCAAGACCAAGAUCUAGAGAGUCUCGAGAAAACAGUAAUGAGUACUAAACACAUUGCGCUUGCUGUUAAUGAAGAGCUGAAUCUUCACACUCGUUUACUGGAUGACAUGGAUCAGAGUGCAGAUGUAACGAAUAACAAGCUUUUGGCGGCACAGAGAAGACUUGGGUUUCUGAACAAGAACCUAGGGCAGGGAUGGUCCUUGAUGACUAUGAUUUUUUUGAUGGUUGUGGUGGUGGUCUUGGUCUUGUUCUUAUUCAAACUAUUGUAGUACUGGCGUCUCUCAACUGGUGGUUGGAAUUUGUGUGAGCUAGGGUUUAGUAUUAUCGCACGAUCAUGUUUCAUAAAUCGUGUUGAUGGUUGUGAUGACUGGGAAUGCUUUAGGAGAGGUGUGUUGUUUUUCCACUGCUCGGCAAGCAAGUGCUCAAAGUAGCAUGUGUGGAAAAUCUUUGUUGCUGAAGUGCACAAACAUGUGUAUAUUGGUUGAUGUAUCCCUUAUAAUUGCACAUUGCAAUCAGUUGGACUAUGAGAAUAUUGCAAAGGAUGCAUUAUUGUUA